AUGGAAAAAAUAACAAAACUCAAUAUUGGAGAUGUCAAUGAAAUUUCAGAAAACAUGACAACAACAGUUAUGAAUAUUUAUCAAAAAUGUCUUAAAGAAAAGACAGAAUGUUCUAAUAAUACAAAAUUAAGUGGCUCAGAUUAUUUUGGAAUGAAUAAUGAAGACCACCUAAAAAGAAUAUCUGCAGAUAUAACCUUUAUUCCAAUUUACAUUCAAGAAAACAAUUUUAAAAUGUUUGUAGUUGAUUCUUCACACAAUAAAAUAGAACCAUUAGAUGGUUACCAUAUCACAUUUAUAGAAAAAUAUAGGCAUGAAACCAUUUUAUUUUCUCAAUUUUAUAAUAAAAAAGGAUUUCAUGCUAAUUUUUAUUCAACAAAAACCUAG